AUGGCGGGGGCUUCAACCGUCCUAGUAGGGGUCCUGCUGCUGCUGAUGCCGGCGGUCGUCUCGAGUUCCACUUGGGUGGCGCAGGAGAUUUUCGACACCGAUAAUUGCUCGAGUACACCGGUCGUUGUGAGUCUCACGGAAUCGACCAGGUGUUCAUCUCGCCAAUGCAUGUCGGUCGAAAUCAACAACGACACCAAAUUUAUGAAUUCCGAGUGUAACAUCACCAACCGGUUCGCGUACGCUGGAGCGGUCUUCGGGGAGUACAAUUACAUUGUCGUAGAAGACUACGGAAGUGUCGGGUGCGAGAAUUUACAUCUGACAACGGUAAUACCAGUCUCCGGGAGCUGCUCGGAGUCGACAGUGUACGGAAGAUAUUCCAUCGUUUCGGCUCUGUUUGCGAACGGGUCUGCAUUGAUAGCAUUGUACCCCCAUGCAGAUUGCGAGGGAGAUGCUUAUAUGAAUUUCGUUCUGGAUAGUGGCAAUAUUUCGAGUGGAGACUGCGUCCUAGACUACUAUAAAUUCUACACGAGCGCCAGCGAGAUUAUCGAUGAAAUUGAUAGCGGAUCACUCGAUACAGGCAACAAUUCUGAUGAUGGAGAUUCAGGCUCACGCCCGAGUUUACUAGCCAUAUUAGGCAUCGUUCUAGCUGCAGGAGCGGUCGGGUUUAUGACGGCCAUCUUCUUUUGGAAACGACGAACACCCCGUGACGAGCAGAGUACUGAGGAUCCCGAUGAUAUUGUGUGUUGCGAGAGGUAUACUUCGCUAAGAACAAGACAGAAAAGCACGGCGUUUAGUACAGGUACGAAGAGCUCUUACUCCAAGGACGGGAUCAAAGAGCAACAUAGCAUCAGCUACUUCUGGGACGACGAUGAGAUCGCUGCAGCACGUGUCGACCGCGACAAGAUUGACUUCGAAGGGGUGAUCAGCCACGGCGGAUACGGACAGGUCAUGUCGGGCUGGUUCAACGGCCAGCACGUCGCAGUCAAGAUGUUGCUACCAGAGAACCGCAAGAGCAUGAAGUACCUCAGUUCCUUCUUAGAGGAAGUGAAGCUCAUGUCCAUGCUAGAACACCCUCGUAUCGUGCAGUUCAUUGGUGUGGCUUGGGACUCGCUCUCCGACAUGUGUCUAUUGACCGAAUUCAUGGAAGGAGGCGAUCUACGAACUCUUCUAGCAUCUUACGAGGCCCAGGACUACCCUGUCGGCUUCAACAUGACCAAAGUGACCAUUGCUCUGCACAUUGCACACGCGCUAACGUAUCUACACUCACUGGAUCCGCCAGUGUUGCACCGCGACCUCAAGUCGAAGAACAUUCUACUGAGCGCCACGCUGGACGCGCGACUGUCGGACUUUGGCGAAUCACGGGAGCACGUUGACGAAACUAUGACCUCGGGUGUGGGAACAUCGCGCUGGAUGGCGCCGGAAGUGAUGAUGGGGGAGAGAUACGACCACAAGGCCGACGUGUUCUCCAUGGGCGUGGUGCUGUCCGAGCUGGAUCUCCACGCUUUGCCGUAUUCGCACGCCGUGGACGACAACAACCCAAGUCGCAAGAUCCCAAGCACAGCGAUCGUGCAUUUAGUGGCGAUGGGGAAGCUACGGGUUGAGUUUUCUAGCGUCGGACCAAUGACGGAUUUGGGCUUGUCUUGCGUUGCAGUGAACCCGGACGAUCGUCCGACCGCAGCUGAAGCGCUCUACAAGCUUCACACAGUUUUGACAACCGAGUAUGAUAGGGGGAGCUGGGAUGAAUAAGGGGUUUAACGUAAUAACGUAUUGAGUUGCGAGUGUC